GUGGAGGCGGCGGAGGGCGGGAAGAUGGCGGCGGCGGGCGGCCCGCUGGGGAAGGGGCGCGACAUCAGCCUGGCGGCCCUGCAGCGCCACGACCCCUAUAUCAACCGCAUCGUGGACGUGGCGAGCCAGGUGGCCCUGUACACUUUCGGCCACCGCGCCAACGAGUGGGAGAAAACUGAUGUGGAAGGAACCUUAUUUGUUUAUACAAGGUCUGCUUCUCCAAAGCAUGGGUUCACCAUUAUGAACAGGCUGAGCAUGGAGAAUAGAACGGAACCCAUUACAAAAGACCUGGAUUUCCAGCUUCAGGACCCUUUUCUUCUCUACAGAAAUGCCAGAUUGUCCAUUUACGGAAUUUGGUUUUAUGAUAAGGAAGAAUGCCAAAGAAUUGCAGAGCUUAUGAAAAACCUAACUCAGCACGAGCAGUUGAAAGCCCACCAGAGUGCUGGAGCGGGAGUCUCCCCGGUGGUCCUCAGCUCAGGAGAGGGCAAGGAAGUCGAUAUCUUACGGAUGCUCACCAAGGCCAAAGAUGAGUACACCAAGUGUAAAACCUGUUCUGAGCCAAAACAGAUAACCAGUUCAUCUGCCAUCUAUGACAACCCCAAUCUCAUCAAACCAAUUCCGGUGAAGCCCAGUGAAAACCAGCAGCAUCGCAUACCUCAGGCCAGCCAGACCUUUGACCCUGAACCCCAACACUUGUCCUUGACAGCUCUCUUUGGGAAGCAGGACAAAGCUGUGUGUCAGGAGAUCCCGGGGCGUCCCCCGACCCUCCAGCAGCAGCAGCAAGAGAAGCUGGUGAUGAGGCAGGGGGUGGUCCGCGCCCUGUCCUACGAGGAGCCUGGGAGACACUCGCCCCCCCUGGAGAAGCAGCUCUGUCCCGCCAUUCAGAAACUCAUGGUCCGGAGCACAGACCUCCACCCGUUGUCCGAGCUCUCCAGAAAUGGCCACCUCCCCCCUGCUGUGGACGGGGUCCCUGGGUCGCGGCAGCCAGAGUCUCCCCGGCACCUUGGGACUUGCCAGGUGCCCAGCGCUUCCCGAACUCAGCACCUGGCAGAGAGGCUGCAGCGUUCCCCGGGGGCACCAACUAAGCAGACGCCUUGCCCCCGGGCCCCCGCCGGGCUCUGCAGAACCCUGCACUCUGCUUCCAGUGCCGCCCCAGAGAAGGCACGGGCACCGUCGCAGCUGCUGUGUCUCCGCGGCGCCUUCCCGCUGCCAGCGGCGGCGCACGGGCAGGCCCACGGGCAGGAACCGUGCGCAGGACAGAGCUUCCAGCUCACCGGCAGCCAGGCCGGCGGCCCCGGGGUGGUCUCCCCCCGGGAGCUGCUGAGAAAGCUCCAGAUGGUGCAGCAGGAGCAACAGCUCCACGCGCCCCCCCGGCCUGCCCUGGCAGCCAAGUUCCCCACGGCCGCUCACGCCUCGACAGCAGGAAAACCCUUGGAGCCCUGGAUGGACAGGACACCCGGCACGGAACAGCAGGCGCCGCUCUCUCAGGAUCGGACACCAGGAGAAUUGGGGGUCAUCUCGCCUCAGCGGGGCCCUGCUGCGGCCGCGCCUUCUCUGCUCAUGUCCCCCAUGGUGUUCACGCACGGCCCCGCUGGCCCGCUGAAGGAAAGGAGCAACGGCCUCCUGCCCCUGGGGAGCCAGGACCUUGUGGCCGCCCCCGCUGGCCUGCUCCUGCCCCUGCACGGCCCGGAGCCCGCGCUGGUCCCCGGCAGCGCCCUGACCAAGCGCCAGCUGCAGGAGGCGCUGCUGGACCUCAUCCAGAACGAUGACAACUUCCUAAAUAUAAUCUACGAAGCUUAUCUCCUCAGCAUGACACAAGCUGCCGUGAAAAAGCCGCUGUGACAGCAGCUCCACCGUGCCGCGCCAGCUCCUUCCAGUCGAGGCUCGUUCGUGGCCUGGUGGUGCCGCCUGAAUGUUUCUCCUUUUUGUAAAAUGGGUGUAAAACAUAAAGUAAAAUAUUUCUGACCUUUUUCUCA